GUUCACAACGAAUGCUAACCUAUUCCUCGUUCACUUCGUUCUCAGCUCUGGUUCAGCGCUGUUCAAUAGUCAAAGAUUUGAAUAUCUCGACCAGGAUUUUUUAUUAAAAUGUCUGCCGUACCUAAGGAUAUCGAAAAGCCCCAAGGCGCUGAUUCUGCAUCAGUUCACCGCAUUCGUAUCACUUUAACUUCUAGGAACGUACGUUCUUUGGAGAAUGUGUGCCGUGAUUUAAUCAAUAGUGCCAAGAACCAGAAUCUGCGUGUCAAGGGUCCAGUACGCAUGCCAACCAAGACUCUACGCAUCACCACACGUAAAACACCUUGUGGUGAAGGUUCCAAAACUUGGGAUCGCUUCCAGAUGAGAAUCCAUAAGCGUAUCAUCGAUUUGCAUUCACCAUCUGAGAUUGUAAAGAAGAUCACCUCAAUCAACAUUGAAGCUGGCGUAGAAGUUGAGGUUACAAUUGCCAACUAAAAAAGAACGUGUAUAACUUUUUAUACAAUGCAUUUUUUGAAACAAUAGUGAAAUAUACAGUUUUCUAUUGUAUAUAAAAUUGA